GGUGGCUUGGAGCCCUGGCAGUGGCUGCCUGACGUCACCGGCCUCUCUGGCAAUAGGCUGCGAGCUGAGCUCCCCGAAGCGGCGGCGGCGGCAGCAGCGAGGCUUGGUCUCUGGCCCCUUCACUCCGCGCCUUCUGCAGCCGCCACUGCAGCCGCGCGGCGGGGGCUCCCUCCCUGCAGCCAGCUGGUGGCCCCAGCCUGGUGCCUUGGGAGAGGAAAAGGGCGCGCGGACACGCGUUCCAGGCGGGGCCAGAGAGGAUCUCCUGGGCACCGCUCGCUUCCUGGCCGGCUUGCUUGUCCGCAGUUGCUCUCUCCGUCCUUCGCUCGCGCGUGCAUCCUCUCCCGCACCAGGGAGUAGUUUUGGGUGGCGUGGGCUCGUCCUCUUCUUUCCUGGUGGGAACGGUUGCCCAAGAGAGGAAGUCUGGUGGGCCCGGCCCCUCCCAGCCCAGCGCCGAUGAGUGCCAGGGCGCCCAAGGAGCUGAGGCUGGCGCUGCCGCCGUGUCUCCUCAACCGGACUUUUGCUUCCCCCAACGCCAGCGGCAGUGGCAACGCGAGCGCCCGUGGCCCGGGCGCGGGUGGCAGCGGUGGCGGCACCUGCAUCACGCAGGUGGGACAGCAGCUCUUCCAGUCCUUCUCCUCCACGCUGGUGCUGAUUGUCCUGGUCACCCUUAUCUUCUGCCUCAUCGUGCUGUCCCUCUCCACCUUCCACAUCCACAAGCGGAGGAUGAAGAAGCGGAAGAUGCAGCGGGCGCAGGAGGAGUACGAGCGGGAUCACUGCAGCAGCAACCGUGGCGGUCGGGGGCUACCCCCCGCGGGCGGCCAGGCCCCCACCCACGCGAAAGAAACCCGGCUGGAGAGGCAGCCCCGGGACUUGGCCUUCUGCGCCCCCUCCAACGCCUCCUCUUCGUCUUCGUCCCCUGGCCUUCCGCGCCAGGGUCCCUGUGCCGCUCCACCUCCCCCGCCGGCCCCCAGUCCGCAAGGAGCACACGGGGCCUCCUCCUGUUUGGACACAGCUGGCGAGGGCCUUUUGCAAAUGGUGGUCCUGUCCUGAUUGUUUAGCCCCCGCCAUCCCCUUCCUCAUUUCCAGCAUCUCUGCCCUCCUUGCUUUUUCCCCCCCUCCAUCUUCUUCCACUUUUCCCUGCACCCCCCCCUUCUUUCCCUGUCUGCUCUCCCCUUACUCUGUUCCUCCUCCGCCGAGGCACUGUGCGGCAUUUGUAAAUACUGGGCGAGGAAAGUCUCGAAGAAGAAAUAACGCUGAUAAUACUUUAUUAUUAAUAUUUAUAGUAAUUAUAUACUAAUAACACAAUCCAAGCGCAUGACAAAUCACCUAAUUUCUCAUUGUUGAUGAAGGAUGCGUCUUCCCUCUCCACCCUGCACCCUCCCCCCUACAAUAAGGAGAAGAAACCGCACAAGCUACCAAAUAUUUUUAAAAAGGCGUUGAUUCCUGGAGCAAAGGGAAUGGAGGGGGCCCGGUGUGUUGUACAUAGCUGUCAGGUAAAGGUUCACUUACCUUCCCUCCCCCCCAAGCUUUCACUUUUCCUUCAGCUUCCCUCCCUUCGCCAUACCCACCCUAAGCUGGGCUCAGGCAAUACUAUAUUAUAAAGAAAACGUCUACAUUAAGCACCAGAACUACAAGAGGCCACAGAGACAGUCCCAGAAAAAUGUGUGUGACAUGUACCCAUCUCUGGCCAGCCCUCUUCCUCAGCCCUUAGUUAACCAUUCCCCUUUCUAGGACCAGGCAUUUAAAUUUACUUUUAGAAAUGUCCCUCGCUGGCUGAAAAUCUUUAAAUGAGUUGAAAGAAGAGAAAGAAAGAAUGAAAGAACAAAAAAAAAAAAAAAGAAAGAAAGAAAGAAUGAAAGAAAAGAAACGAAACUCUAUUGCUUUAGCUCUCUGCCCCGCCCCCAGCUGUACACCUUUGACUUGGGGCGUCUCCAGGAUUCACCAAGGAUCCAGAAGCUGUCCAGCCAGGUGUGGUGCUGAAAUUGCUUCCCCGGACUGGUUACUUUCUUUGGUUGAACAGGCAGAGGAGGGGCUGUUUUGGGAAAUGACUAUUUUAGCUCUUUGUUGGUUUCUUCUUUUUCUAUAAUCGGGUUUGCGUGUAUUGGUUUUAUUAUUAAACAUUGCAUAAGUUACCUUUUUUGUAAAAAAAAAAAUUACUAGGUGAUGUACAGUACUGAAAGUGCAGUAUCCAACCAACCAGAAUGUUUCUGUUUCAUUCUUAGAGCAAGUGCACCUUUGUUAUAUAUUUAUUAUAUUGGUACCAAAUACAGAAGCAAACUCUAGUUCUGUACUACAUCCCCCAAACUGUAGAGUCUUGUUCUUCAUUUCCAGCUGUUGAUACAAUGGUCACCCCUGGAUGAGCAAUUCAGUGGUGCAGACCCGGCUUCUGCUGUUUCCAGAAGUGUUCUUUUGUACCUUAUUCUGUAGUCGACUGUUAUAAAAAGAUAACACAUAUGUUUUCUUUUUUUUUUCUUUUGCGAAUAACAGAAACAACCACAACAGAGAACAGACAAAUAAUGGAUGUGCAGGAAUGCCAUCUAUUAAAACAUGGUUAAUAUUUAAACAGU